GCGGCGCCCCCGAGACUCCGGGACGGGCGGCGGGCCCGGAGUCGGCGGGCGGCGGGGUCGGGCCGCCGCUGUCGCCAGUUGUGGCCUUCCUGGUGGCGUACCAUCAAAACAAGCAGCUGAUAGGAGAGAAAGGCCUGCUCCCAUGUAAGCUAUACCUACAGAAUGUCAAAAAGUAUUUCAAAGGGAAGAUAAACCUAGAUGCCCUCAGCUAUGCCCCGACAAUCAUCUGGUUUCUGGACUGGUCAGACAUGGACAGCAUCUUGGACUGUAUCUCCAUGCUUGGUCUGGUGAUUUCAGCCUUUAUAUUGAUAACUGGAUGUGCAAACAUGGUCCUCAUGGCUGUCCUGUGGAUCCUCUACCUCUCAUUGGUCAAUGUUGGACAGAUCUGUUUUUCAGUGCUGUUUGGAAAGCCAGAGAGCAAGGGGACUGAGUCUGUGCUCCUUUGGUACGUAUGUAGUCCUGGAGAAAGAGAAAUGACCGCAGAGAAGGCAGAUUGGAGGACAGCAGCUCGCAGUGCCAUGCACAGCAUGAACAACGGUGGUGUGGACUUCAGCACAGAAAGUCAGAGAUGGGAGUCACAGCUUCUGGAGACUGGGUUCCUGGGGAUGUUCCUCUGCCCACUCUGGACCCUGUCCCGGCUGCCCCGUUCCACACCUCCAUCCAGCAUCGUCAUCUGGGGCUUCCGCUGGCUGAUCUUCAGGAUCAUGCUGGGAGCGGGAUUGAUUAAAAUUCGAGGGGAUCACUGCUGGAGAGACUUAACUUGCAUGAAUUAUCACUAUGAGACCCAGCCAGUGCCCAACCCCAUUGCCUACUUCAUGCACCGCUCACCAGGCUGGUUUCAUCAGUUUGAGACCCUCUUCAACCACUUCAUCGAGCUGGUGGUGCCCUUUUUCAUCUUCAUGGAACGAAGGAUGUGCAUGGUGCACGGCGUUCUGCAGAUCCUUUUCCAGGUGCUGCUGAUCAUCAGUGGGAACCUGAGCUUCCUCAACUGGCUGACCAUCGUGCCCAGCAUCGCCUGCUUUGAUGACCGCAGCCUGGCCUUCCUGUUCAGCUCUGGGCGUGGGGGGGUGAAGGAGCGUGUGCUGCAGCUGCAGGGCAGCAGUGAGAAACCCCCCAUAGGGCUGGGAUGCCACAUCCGCAGGGUGGUGAACAUCUCCUUUGGGCUCCUGAUCGCCUACCUCAGCGUGCCUGUCGUCAUCAACCUGCUCAGCUCCAGACAGGUUAUGAAUACGUCCUUCAACCCCCUCAGGAUAGUCAACACCUACGGAGCUUUUGGAAGCAUCACCAAGGAGAGAACCGAAGUCAUCCUCCAGGGAACGUCCAGCCCAGACCCCAAUGACCCCACUGCUGUCUGGCAGGAGUUUGAUUUCAAGUGCAAGCCUGGGGACCUGUGGAGACGGCCGUGCUUCAUCUCACCCUACCAUUACCGCCUGGACUGGCUGAUGUGGUUUGCGGCCUUCCAGACAUAUGAGCAGAACGAGUGGAUCAUCCACCUGGCUGGGAAGCUGCUGGCUCAGGAGGAGGAGGCCCUGUCUCUGAUAGCAACAAACCCAUUUGCGGACAGGGAUCCCCCACGGUGGAUCCGAGGGGAACAUUUCAAGUACAAAUUCAGCCAGCCUGGAGGAACGCAUGCUGCACAGGGCAAAUGGUGGAUUCGGAAGAGGAUCGGCCCCUACUUCCCCCCUGUCAACCUCCAGGGGCUGAGGAAGUUUUAUGAAGACAGAAAUUGGCCGUACCCAGAGCGGGACUGAUGGAGAGAAGUGAGACAGGUCCAGAGUGACCAGCUGGGAGAGCCGUCAGCUUCCUUAUAAAUCACACUUCUUCCCUAUCUCUGUGUGUUUUUUUUUUCCACAUAUCCUUGUUUACACAUAUUUUACAGGAGGUUUCCAGACAACCUGUCCACCUGCUGCUGUGGUCUGGUUUUUCUCAUCUUUCUCUUCCUUUCUGUUUGUCUUUCUUCUCGUGGCCUUGCCUGAUGAUUGAUUUCUUUUGUCAGGCUGCUCCAUUAGAAAAUCAUCAGCUCUAGAGUCAGGAAAAAGAUGAACAAAUACUAAGUCAAGUUAAUAUGUCCAAUUUGACAUAUUUCAGAUUUGCAACAAGCAUUUGUGGAGUGGAUUUUAAUACUUCUGCUGAUGCUGGAAUUUCACUUUAUUGCCAGACAGACCCAAAAUGGACAAAAAUUAUCAAAUGUAUGUUAGGGGGAAAGGUUAGGUAAAAGUAAAGCCUCCCUCCCCUUUCUCAGUGCUGUCUACUUUACAAAAAGCUCUCAGGGCCACACUCAAGACUCAUACAGAUGUAAAUCUGUGCAUUUUAAGACACUUGUUGCACUGAUGGCGAUUUCAGUGUGAAUGUAGACAGUGAAGCUGUGAGAGGAGCGGUUCCCUUUUCAAUGCACCUCGCUUAGAGGAGGCACUGGGCUGGCACAGGGCGCUUCACCAUCACAUCCCCCUCAUCCUACCCUGUCCCCUCCCUGUCCCGUCUUAAUCCAUGCUCAUUCCCAUAUCCCAUCCCAUUUCAAACCAUCCAGUUGCAGCUUCCACAUGUGCUGUUGGCACAGAGCUCACACCAGCCUCAGGCAAUUCACUGAGCCAUUAAAGCUGCUUUCUUCCAGACAUUCCUGUCCUUGGGAAGGUCCUGCUCAGCACCCCCUGAUCACAAGGCAGCAAUCUGCAUCUGGAGCCACAGAUUCUGCAGCACAGAGGGAAAACGUCCCUGGGCUCGGAGAAUCCUGUGUGGGACAGAUGGGGCAGAUGGGGCGAUCCUGCAUUCCCCAUUCUUUGCUCCUGAGCGUGCCCUCCUCCUGCUUUGUGUUUAACGUCACCCCCAGUGGUUUGACCAUGUGGGUGCAACUCUGUGAGCCCACACUAGGAACAUGGGGGGAAGACGGGAAGGAGCAGAGCGUGAACAGCUGGAAGCGACGGGUUGUGGCAAUAAUUGCUUUCUUGUUAGCACAUUUUGCUGCAGACACUUCUUCUCAAAGGGGGGAAAAAAAAGUUCAAAGUGACGUGCGCAACGCAUAAAAUCUCUAGCCCUGGGAUUGCCUGCAGAAAAACCGCAGGUCUGCUGAGAAACCCGAAAUAGCUCCGUGCUGUGUGGGCUCCGUGAGUCAGCGGCUGUGCCCCGGGACAAGCACAGCCCUGUGCAGCCCGCAGCGCCCGGCCGGGCCCAGGCUGGCUGUGAGACAGGGCCUGCUUUUAGGAGCGGCUGGAGUCGCUGAGUCUGCCGCCAGCACGGCCGCGCUCAAACGGGUUUUGUUUGAGUAGGUCCCGGCCUGGCAGCGCGGCCGCGCUGGGCUGCUUUUCCUGUUUGCUUAGCCCGGGGCUUCAUAACGGGCCCUUUCUCUCGUUCUGGGCGCUGACGGAGCUCGGGACCCGGCUGUGUUGUGCUCGGGGAGCAGCCUGUGGCCUGCGUGGCCUGUGUGCCUGGAGCUGCACAGCCUGUGCCUUUGGGUCGGGGUUGUGGCAGGACACAAAGAGGCUUUCAGCCACCCGGCUGGGGUCAGCGCAAGCCACGGGCGCAGGGAUGAGCGUGGCUCUGAAAUAGAUCGGCGCUCAUGUGGCCGACAUGAAGGCCGUGUGGGGACUGAUGGCGGCUUUGUCCCUGCGCUGUCCACGAGCUCAUUUGGUCCAGUGCAGUCUGUCCCCUCCUGACACAAGAAGCUCAGCAUUGUGGCCGAGUGCAGUUUGGAAGGAAAAACAUCAGAAAAGAAACGUGCAGGCAAGCCUGAUCCACAUACCAGGACAGGGCAGGGGGGUGGCUGCACAGGUUGUGGCUGCAGGCUCACUGCAUCAUGCCUUUCUACCCGCUUUUGGACCACGUGUACUGAACAGGCACUACCCAGCACAUAGAUCUGAAAAAGGCUUGAAGAAAGCAGCACAGGGAACCUCACUCAUCUUUACUUUUUACCUAACAGUGUUAAAAAUUGAAGCAGCAUCUCGUGGUGUCCAGACAUGCCUUGCUGAGCCCCAGAACCAACAGUGACUGAAAUGGUGAGGCUAAGGACAGCUUAUGCUGUGGGGACACCGCGUGCUCCCACCUCCUUUUGUCGCCAAGGGGAGCACAACACUGCAGCAGGUCCCACCCCACUCAGCAGUCCCUUGCAGCUGGCACUGGUCAGGGUUAUGACUGUGGAGGUGCACAGCCCAUUGCCCAGUGCUUGGAGCCAUGGAUAGCACUUUCCAAACAGUAAAUAAUGUUUAUGACUCAGUUGUGUUUUCCUAAAUAUUUGCCCCAGUUCAAACCUGAUAUUCCUCUGCAAACAAUAGGGAGAACGUUUUGUUUGGAUUACUGUGCAGAAAGACAGGUAAGUGCUGAGAUGCCGUGUCACUCUCAGUGUCACCCCCCUCCCUCCCCAGCACAGCAACGGGGCUGAGGGCAGUGAUGUGCACUGCGUUUGCUGAGAUCAGGGUGACGGAGGAUGUUUCGCAUCUCUCAGUGCCUGCUGUAGCUAAUGGCCCUCCAGAAAGCACUGAGUUUUUUGCCUGGGGACUGCCAGCACAGCAGAGCUUCCUGCGGAGCAUCCCUGUGCCCUGUGCAAGUACAGGAGCUGCCUGCACUACCUCCCUGCCAGGUGUUAUUUGAAGCAUUUCACCUUUUGUUUUCUAGCUCUCACAUGGCUUAAUUUCAGCACUGGGGCUGGAUGCUCAGGGAAUGGCUGGAGCCCAUCCUAUCUUGGGGGCUUCAGGCAGCCCAUGGCCACUGUGUUCAUGGCAGUAUUUUGGGGACGUGAGGACACCUGGAGCCCACAGUGGCUACACUGGCAUCAAGCCUGAUCUAUGCCUAUCUCUGGCCAUUGGAGAUUCCCUUGACAUGGCUGCAGCCAUCGGCGCUCCCUCCUCAUUCAUUCCACCCAAAGCUUCCUUUUUUCUAAAAGCCCCUUACUGCCCCAGCCCUGCUGGCUGCUUCCCCUCCACGCUGGCCCUAAUGCAAACAAGCUGCACGAGCAGGGUCGGUCCGUCCGGUGAGUGACGGUGCGAGGGCGCAGGGACACGGCAGCUCUGCACUGCAGCCACUCGCCGGCAGCACGCGGGGUGCCCCCCGCCCCGCUUUAAUUAAUUUCUUUUGGUUUCCAACCUCUGGGUCAGGGAUAAUGGAACCCAGACCGUCAUUUACAUUCCUGUUUGCUGUGCAUUGUGCUGUUUAAAGGUUGCUUUUUUUUUUUUUAAAUCUAAAAUUCUUGCUCCAUGCUGCAGUGCUGGCUGGAAGAUAAUAUACAUUCAAAGGCAGCGAGGAAGGUGGAUGCAGGGGAUUAAAUUAGAAACGUUUCCCUUUGGACAGAACUUUUUAAAAAAGAAAAGAAACAAUUAUUUUGUGGGGGUUAGGAAAUCGGAACCACAUUGUGUUAUCUGUUGACUGGAAGUUUUCUUGGAGAGGUUUUUACUUUCCUUGAGCUAUGUGCUGGACAUAAAGCUUUGUGGCAUUCCCACAUCAGCACACCAUAAAUCCAUCUUGAGAGAUAAUUCUGAGCCCGCUGCUGCCAGGUCCUUUGGGUGCUGCUGGGGAUGGGCAGGGGUCUGCAACCUCAUGGCCCCAGGAUUAGGAUCUGGACAAUAAUACGUGGCAGCUCCUGGCUGCCCCCAUAGCUCUUUUGGCUUUGCUGUGCUCUUCUGGCCCAUUCCCUGAUUUGGGGUUACAUCUAAUCCCAUUCCUCCCUCCUGUUCCUUCUUGAGGUCCCACCAGAGCCGUUGGUGCAGCUGCUGCAUGCCUGUCACAUCCUGGCAUUCUGGGGCUCCCGC